GAAGGAAGAGGUGGGGGAAAUAUGGGGCUGGGAUGGAUAAUGGGCAUGGUAUGGUGGCUGUCCUCAUACCAGGAGAAGGGGCUUAGGACAAGGGCAGUGCAACAGAUUAAGGAACUGGGAGUACCUGGGCUGGGAGAAUGACCUUUUUCCUAGAGCCAAGGGGAAUGAAAGUCCAGGCAAACUAUGGUCUGCCAUUCCUUUCAGUGUUUUUUUCUGUAACUGAUGGGACUGAAGAGUGCUAUCCUACUAUCAUUACCCUGGUAAAACAAUCUGCAUCAAGCUGAGCACAGGUCACUGCUCCCGUCUCUGGUGUCAAUACAGAGGACCAAGUAAGGCCGUUCCAAGAGCUUCUGAGUGCCUUUUUUCCCUUUAGAAACAAUCAUUUCUGUGUGUUUGGCUGUGCAAACACUGAGCUGGAGAGUCAGUCCUUUGGGUGAAUAUAUGCUAUUGCAUAAAGGGGCUUGUGGUAUAGAGCCAAAAUAAAAGCAGCGGAGGAAAAGAAGGUUGAAAGCGCGAUGAAGAGGAGAGAGGUACAGAAAGAGCUUUUAGUGAAAGACAGGGGUAAUGGGGGUAACAAGGAAGAUGUGUUGAGGAGAAAGGAUGUCUGACAGCAUAAAGAAGGAGUGAAGUUUGGGCAGAAUACAGGCAGGUCUUGUGACAACCAGCAAAACAAGAAAGCAGCUUCAGGGCAGCCCCUGUGUUACUCUGCAUUGUGGGUCUGACCCACGGCUACUGACAGGCAGCAGGACCUGCUUACAGCACCUGUGAGGCUCCCCAGUCCUUGGAAUGAGGGUACCAGCAGGGUGCUGGGUUACAGAGCCACCUGGGUUAUGCUGCCCCUGACUCUGGACUGGGAGAUUCCCACUCUUGCUUUGUGUUUUUCAGCCCCAGCAGAAGAGAGAAGCUGCUCCUGGCUGAACCCCUGGGUUUUCCUUAUUUCUGUCCUUGUCAUCAAAACUGCCUUUGUGACCGUCUGUCUUGUUGUAUUACUUCAUGAAGGCUAUGGCCAAUACAAGACUCUACUCCAGAACUCUACAGAGUGGCACUGCCUUCCCAAGAUUUCUGCAGACAAAAUGGAAGGCUGGAUGUGCUGCCCGAAGGGCUGGAGAAGGUUUCAAAACAGCUGCUAUUUUCUGUCCCUUGAUACGAUGUCCUGGGCUGGGAGUGAGCAGAACUGCACUGGGAUGGGCUCCCACCUGGUGGUGAUCAACAGCAGGGAAGAGCAGGAGUUCCUCUUCAAUUUGGCAAAAGAAAAAGUUACUAACACCUAUGAAACAAAAUACUACAUAGGCUUAACUUCUUAUCAAAAUGGGCAAUGGCAGUGGGUAGAUCAGACUCCAUAUGAGAAGAUAGCCACGUUCUGGAAACCUGGAGAACCCAAUUUACUCUUUGCAGAAAGAUGUGCUGCAAUUCAUGUCAAGGGAAACAGAGACUCCAACACUUACAGUAACUGGAAUAACAUUCUUUGCUUCACAAGUUGCUAUCGUAUUUGUGAACUGGCAGUCAAAUUUGUCUGAAGAAGGAAGCUCCACUUUGGAUGAAGGAUCCAAAGGAGUAUCCUUGAGAAAGGCCAGCUCAUGAAAGCUGAUGAAAACCUGGCCUGAGCUCGUACAAAUACUUUAUCUUGCAGUGUAGAAUGAGCAAGCUUGUCAUAAAGUCCUAGAUCUGAAGGACCUCAGUUCCCAGCCUGUGUGUCUGCAUCUCUUUCCAAUCUGGAGAUCAAUCCUAGAUGAAAUAGCUCAGGCUGAUGUCAAGGACUUACUG